GUUCAGGCCGGUUUUCCCCGCGGUCAGUUGGCGUUGGCUGUCGGACUUUUCCCCCCCUUUUUUUUUCCCCCCCUCCCUUUUUUCCCCCUCCCUCCCCACCCCCGGAGCCCAGUUGGUAUUUGGCUGGAGAGUGGAAUUAUUUAUUUCUCCAUGGCUUGGUUUGGCUGCAUUUCGGAAGAGCGGGUCGUGUUUAAAACAACUCCACGUCCUGGGCCAGGUAAAAACCCUCGGCUGUCACCCUCUCUUAGCCCAGAAUUCCAGCAGGGAUGGAAAAGUGUCCGGAAGGAUCCGGCUGUAGGGUUUGUGUGUGGAGGCCAGGGAAGAGCAGGUCACGUGGAGGAGUGUGUGGUUAUUUUCUUGGAGGAGGAGAGUCGGGAUUUAGUUCUGUCUGUUCCAAAGCUCAGAGGAAAUCCCAGUUUUUUUAACCCUCUGAUGGAAAUUAGGGACUGGAAGUCUCGGAGGCUUUUUAUUCUCACCGGCAGGGCCAAACCUCAAUGUGAUUUGACUUGGAAAUAAAGAAAUAAAUUAGGGUUUUGGGGGGUGUUGGUUGUGCUUUUGCUGACUUUGUUUCUGUUUUCUUCCCUCCUCUCCUCCCCGGUCCCGACCUCCGGAAUCUCCUCCUCAGGGAUGCGCGUAAGUUCAGUUCAAGAUGGAGGAGAGCAUGAAGAAGGCGGCCGAGGUCCUCAACAAGCACAGCCUCGGCGGGAGGCCCCUCAAGGUCAAGGAGGAUCCCGACGGGGAGCACGCCAGGAGGGCCAUGCAGAAGGUCAUGGCGGUGGCCGGAGGGAUGGGAAUCGGGCCCGGCCCUGGCGGCCCCGGAAUGCUCAACAUCCCGCCCAGCAUCCUGAACAAUCCCAACAUUCCCAACGAGAUCAUCCACGCCCUGCAGGCAGGCAGGUUGGGGAGCACCGUCUUCGUGGCCAACCUGGAUUACAAGGUUGGCUGGAAGAAGCUGAAGGAGGUGUUCAGCAUGGCCGGGGUCGUGGUCCGGGCCGACAUCCUGGAGGACAAGGACGGGAAGAGCCGGGGCAUCGGCACCGUCACCUUCGAGCAGGCCAUCGAGGCCGUGCAGGCCAUCUCCAUGUUCAACGGGCAGCUGCUCUUUGACAGACCCAUGCACGUGAAAAUGGACGAGCGAGCCUUCCCCAAAGGAGAUUUCUUCCCUCCAGAGAGGCCCCAGCAGCUCCCUCAUGGUCUUGGUGGUAUUGGCAUGGGAUUAGGACCUGGAGGUCAACCUAUUGAUGCAAAUCAUAUAAACAAAGGCAUGGGAAUGGGCAACAUGGGACCUGGAGGCAUGGGAAUGGAAGGCAUGGGCUUUGGAAUGAAUAAAAUGGGAGGAAUGGAAGGUCCCUUCGGUGCCAUGGAAAACAUCGGGCGCUUCCCAGCGGGGAUGAACAUGGGCAGGAUGACUGAGAUGGAUCGUGCCAUGGGGGGAGGAUUUGAAAGAGAGUUUGGAAGGAAUGAAAUGGGAAUGUCCCGGAGUUUUGGAGAGACCUUGGAGAGAGGAAUAGGUGGUGGCAAUGCCAGCAUUCCCGGGAUCGAGAGGAUGGCCCCUGGCAUCGACCGCAUGGGCUCGGGGAUCGAGAGGCUUCCGGCCGGGAUGGGGCACGGCAUGGAGCGGGUGGGCUCCGAGAUCGACAGGAUGGGGCUGGUCCUGGACCGGAUGGGCUCCAACGUGGAGCGGAUGGGCUCGGGCAUCGAGCGCAUGGCACCGCUGGGCAUCGACCACCUGGCGCCCAACAUGGAGCGGAUGGGCCCGGCCAUGGAGCGCAUGGGCUCCGGCAUCGACCGCAUGGGCUCCGGCAUCGGCUUCGGCAUCGACCGCAUGGGCGCCGCCAUCGACCGCGUGGGCACCGCCAUGGACAGGAUGGGCUCGGGCGUGGAGCGCAUGGGCUCGGGCAUGGAGCGCAUGGGGCUGGGCAUCGAGCGCAUGGUGCCCGCCGGGAUGGGCGCGGGCAUGGGGCAGGUGCUGGAGAGGAUGCCGGCGGGGCUGGAGCGCAUCGGGGCGCCGCCCAUGGAGAGGAUCGGCCUGGAGCGCAUGGGAGCCGCCGGCAUGGAGAGGAUGGGCCUGGAGCGCCUGGGGGCCGCCAACAUGGAGAGGAUGGGCCCCCCCCUGGGGCAGGGCAUGGGAGCGGGCAUCGAGCGCAUGGGACUGGCCAUGGGCAGCAACUUUGAGAGGCCCAUGGACAUGGAGCGGGGCAACUUCGCCGGCAACUUCGCCGGACCCCUGGGAGGAGCCGGAGGCCCCGCGGCGGGGGUGGCCCGGAAAGCCUGUCAGAUCUUCGUCAGGAACCUGCCUUUUGAUUUUACAUGGAAAAUGCUGAAAGAUAAAUUUAAUGAAUGUGGGCACGUUCUCUACGCCGACAUCAAGAUGGAGAACGGCAAGUCCAAGGGCUGUGGGGUGGUGCGGUUCGAGUCCCCCGAGGUGGCGGAACGCGCCUGCCGGAUGAUGAACGGGAUCCAGCUGCGGGGCCGCGAGAUCGACGUGCGGAUCGACCGCAACGCCUGAGCCUCCCCCUCGACCCCCUCCCUCCUUUUUAUCUCCUUAACACAAAACCAGGGCUUGUUAUUUUUAUUUCCCGAUUUUUAUUUUUUUUUUUCUCUCUCUCUUUUCUCCUCGUUAACCGUACGAGUUUUGACUGGAUGUUAAAGGUGUUCAGAAAAAAAACAAAACAACCAAAAAAAAAAAAACCCCACCCAGUUGCUUUCUGGAGUAAAAUUUUAAGUCCUUUUUUUAAACGGGUGAAAUGACCAUUUUACCGGGUUUUUUGCAUCGGAAUCUGCAACGUGGCACAAUCUUUUUUUGUAGUUGUGGCAUCUCGUUGACAUGACAGAUGUAAACAGUCUGAAUUUGAUAAUAAAGCAAGUUAAAUAUUG